AUGGUGUGUCUGUGGUUCCCAGGAAACUCCUGGAAGACAGCUUUGACGGUGAUCCUGAUGGUACUGAGUCCUCCUCUGGUUUGGGCCAGGGACACUCCAGUGUAUUUCAUAGAACAGGCUUUAUCUGAGUGUCACUUCUCCAACGGCACGCAGCGGGUGCGGUUUCUGGACAGAUACUUCUAUAACCGGGAGGAAUACGUGCGCUUUGACAGCGACGUGGGGGAGUUCCGUGCGGUCUCCGAGCUGGGGCGGUGGAGCGCCGAGUACUGGAACAAACAGAAGGACAUCCUGGAGCGUUUGCGGGCCGAGGUGGACACAUUCUGCAGACACAACUACGAGAUUAUUCACAGGUUCACAGUGCAGCGGAGAGUUGAGCCCACAGUGACUGUGUAUCCUACCAAGGCCUCAUCCCUGCAGCACCACAGCCUCCUGGUCUGCUUUGUGAAUGGUUUCUAUCCAGGCCAAAUUGAAGUCAAGUGGUUCCGGAAUGGCCAGGAGGAGGUAGCUGGGAUCAUUUCCACAGGCCUGAUUCAAAAUGGAGAGUGGGCCUUCCAGGUCCUGGUGAUGCUUGAAACAAUGCCUCAGAGUGGAGAGGUCUACACCUGCCAUGUGGAGCACCCAAGCCUGACGAGCCCUAUCACAGUGGAGUGGAGGGCACAGUCUGAAUCUGCCCAGAGAAAGAUGCUGAGUGGGAUAGGAGGCUUUGUUUUUGGUCUUCUCUUCCUCGGGGUGGGGCUAUUCAUCUACUUCAGGAAUCAGAAAGUAAGAAAAGGGUCAUCAUUCAACAAGGCCUCAGGGUGA